CACCGUGGACAGGCCAGGCUGCUCCUGCUCAAUGACAUGGAGAGAACGGAGAAGACUCUGUUUCGCCUGGAGCAAGGCUAUGAGCUCCAGUUCCGAUUAGGUCCAACUUUACAGGGGAAGAAUGUUUAUGUCCACACCAAUUACCCUGCACCACAGCAAAAAUUUGACAGGUGUGGCUUUCGUGUCCUUGAGUGGAUCAACCCAAGUGGGAAGGAGGAUGACUCGGACAAGUACUGCAAACUGGACCUUGAGAUCGCUGGGUCCUAUCAGUAUUACUUUGGAUGUGGAAAUGAGGAGAAAACUGGUGGCGGCUAUUUUGUGGUGGAGCCUGUGCUACGAGUGGGCCAUGAACAGAAGAUACUUCCUUUGGACAGCAUCACCUCUCAGACUUACCUGACUAAGUGCCUUGGGCCACUGGAUGAAUGGAUAGAUCGACUCAGAGUGGCCAAGGAAACAGGUUACAAUAUGAUCCAUUUGACGCCAUUGCAGAAGUUGGGUGAGUCACGUUCCUGCUACUCGAUCGCUGACCAGCUGGAGCUGAACCCAGAAUUCUCUCAUCCGGGAAAGAAUUAUACAUGGAUGGAUGUGGGUAACCUGACAGAGACAAUCAGGAAAGAGUGGAACAUGCUUUGCAUCACAGACGUUGUGUAUAACCAUACAGCAGUUAACAGUGACUGGCUUAGACUCCAUCCUGAGUGUGGCUACAACCUGGCGAAUUCUCCACACUUAAAGCCCGCCUGGAUACUGGAUCGAGCUCUCUGGCACUUCAGCUGUGACAUUGCUGAUGGAAAAUACCAUGACCGUGGCCUACCAGCUUUGGUUGAUGAUGAGAGACAGCUCAGUACACUCCGUGAACUUCUGUGGCAUGAGGUUUUCCCUCAACUAAAGCUUUGGGAAUUUCUCCAGGUAAACGUGGAAAGAGCCGUGGAGCAGUUUAGUAAACUUCUGCAGGCCAAUGGCAAACCAGCUUUUCCAGAAAUGAAGAAGAAACAGAAGCUGAAAAUUAUACAGGAUCCAGAGUUUAAACGCUUUGGAAACACAGUGGACAUGAAGGUGGCGCUGGACAUGUUUGGCAGGCUAGUUCCUCAAGGGGAUGGCCUGUCAGCACUACAAACGUGUUGCUGUGUGUUCAGGGAGAAUUUGGAGUUGUUGAACAUGGAGCGCUAUGAGGAAAUGCAGAACAAUCAUGAGAAGGCUGUAAACUGCAUAGUGGAGACUGUGAGAUAUGAGCGUCUUGCAGCAGAGGGUCCCAAACUUGGCUUAGUGACCAAAAACCAUCCUUUGUUAGCCAGGUAUUUCACCUUCCCAUUUGAUGACAUGUCACUGGAGAAGGAGGAACUCCUGCUUCAGAAUGCAGAUGAUGCAUGUCGCAUCCAGGCUCACAAUGGAUGGGUCAUGGCAGAUGAUCCUCUUCGGAACUUUGCUGAACCAGGCUCUAAUGUGUACUUGAGGAGAGAACUAGUCUGCUGGGAGGACAAUGUCAAGCUCCGGUAUGGUGAUAAACCUGAGGACUGUCCCUAUCUGUGGGAGCACAUGAAGAAGUACACAGAGAUAACAGCUAAACAUUUCUGCGGUGUACGGCUGGACAACUGCCAUUCCACACCCCUACAUGUGGCAGAGGCGAUGUUAGCUGCUGCCAGGGCAGUUAGGCCCAAUUUGUAUGUGAUAGCCGAGCUCUUUACAGGAAGUGACCAGCUUGACAAUACCUUUGUUAACCGUCUGGGAAUUACAAGUCUCAUAAGAGAGGCAAUGAGUGCUGCUGACAGUCACGAGGAAGGCAGGUUGGUGUAUCGCUUUGGUGGAGAACCGGUUGGUUCCUUCUUCCAGCCCAACCUAAGACCCUUGGUUCCAGCUAUAGCACAUGCUAUGUUCCUUGAUGUUAGCCAUGACAAUGAGUGUCCUGUUAAGGUUAGGUCUGUAUACGACUGCCUCCCAAGCUCUGCGAUUGUAUCUAUGGCGUGUUGUGCCACAGGUAGUACUAGAGGAUAUGACGAGCUGGUUCCUCAUCAGAUUUCAGUGAUCACUGAGGAGCUUCUGUAUCCCAAAUGGAACUCGGAUGCCUUGCCUUCAUGUACUGGAGAGGUGAACCUCAAGUCAGGCAUCCUGGCAGGGAAGCUGGCACUCAACAGGCUUCACCAUGAGCUGGCUGAGAAACGUUUUACACAGGUGUAUGUAGACCAGCUGGAUGAAGACAUUGUGGCUGUAACCAGGCAUUGUCCGAGCACACACCAGUCUGUGGUGACUGUGUCUCGAACAGCUUUCAAAAACCCCGAAACACACCACUACAAGGAAAGACUAGCUCCGAUGUUCAUACCAGGCCAAAUAAAUGAGGUGAUCCUGGAGGCAUAUACAGUCAAGAGAGACACUGGGCCCUAUGUGAAAGAUGAGAAGUACAUAAACGGCAUGCCUGAGUACACGGUUGAGCUCAAGGAACAACUCCAGCUUAAAGACAGCCAAGUUGUAAAACAAGGAGAUACCCCAGCAAAUAGUGGUAAUGUGUUUGUCCAGAAGAUUGUGUUUGAUCGUCUCACCCCGGGUACCGUGAUCUCUUUCAGGGUGAGUCUGGACUCCAAAUCUCGAGACUUGGUGGGCUUCCUGCGUAUGCAGCUCUACCAGUUUAAUCGCCUGUACAAAGUGGGCAGUCUGACUGACCCAGAUGUUCCUGGCAUCCUGAAACUUUCCUUGGAAUUCCUCCUCUCCAAACUGUCUUUGGCUGAGAUGAAUAUCUUGCUGUUCCACUGCAAUGAAGAGGAGCGGGAAGAUGGUGGAGGAUGCUACAAUAUCCCAUCCUGGAUGACCCUAAAGUAUGCAGGCCUUCAAGGGUUCAUGUCAGUGCUUUCUGACAUUCGGCCAAAGAAUGACCUAGGCCACCCCUUUUGCAACAACCUGAGGGAAGGUGACUGGAUGCUUGACUACAUUAGCUCUCGUCUUAUCAAUAAAGGUGGCCCUCUAAAGGAGGUGGGGAAAUGGUUCCAAGCUGUAUUUGCUUACCUGAAGAAAAUCCCACGCUACCUCAUUCCAUGUUACUUUGAUGCCAUAAUUGCUGGAGCAUAUACUACAGCUGUGGAUGUUGUUUUCAACAAGAUGUCAAGCUUUGUGCGAGUUGGUUCAACCCUAGUGAAGCAGCUGGCACUGGGCUCAGUGCAGAUGUGUGGUGCAGGCCCUGUGCCUGCUCUCCCUGCUCUUUCUUCUGCCCUGCAGGAUGUUCCAUAUCGCCUUAACACCAUCACCAAGCAAAAUGAGCAGUGCUGUGUGUCACUGGCUGCAGGCUUGCCUCAUUUCUCAUCUGGAAUUUUCCGCUGCUGGGGCCGAGACACGUUUAUAGCCCUGCGUGGUCUCAUGUUGAUCACUGGAAGACAUGUAGAGGCAAGAAACAUUAUCCUGGCCUUUGCUGGGACUCUAAGACAUGGAUUGAUCCCCAAUUUGCUUGGAGAGGGCACAAAGGCUCGCUACAACUGCCGGGAUGCUGUGUGGUGGUGGCUGCAGUGCAUCCAGGACUACUGCAAUAUAGUCCCCAAUGGUGUGGACAUCUUGUCGUGUCCGGUGUCACGCAUGUACCCGACAGAUGAGUCUGAACCCCAGCCAGCAAACGCUGUGGAGCAGCCCCUGUACGAUGUCAUCCAGGAAGCAAUGCAGCGCCACAUGCAAGGCAUCCAAUUUAGAGAGCGGAACGCUGGGCCACAGAUCGACCAUAAAAUGAGAGAUGAAGGAUUUAAUGUUGAAGCUAAGGUAGACCCAGAAACUGGCUUUGUAUAUGGGGGAAAUCGAUUCAACUGUGGAACAUGGAUGGACAAAAUGGGUAAGAGUGACAAAGCAGGGCAUCGUGGGAUACCGGCAACGCCCAGAGACGGAUCUGCAGUGGAGAUUGUGGGUCUUUGCAAAUCCACCGUGCGCUGGUUGACUCAUUUGAAUCAGAGCGGUCACUUCCCUUACUCUUUAGUCUGUGUUCAGAGAGAUGGUGAAACUCAAACUGUGUUGUAUGAGGAGUGGAACCACAGGAUCCAGGAUAACUUUGAAAAGAUGUUUUAUGUGUCACCUGAUCCAAAGGAAAAACCUGAAAAACAUCCCGAGCUAGUGCACAAAAGAGGCAUUUACAAAGACACCUAUGGUGCCUCCAGUCCAUGGUGUGACUAUCAGCUUCGGCCCAAUUUUACCAUCGCUAUGGUGGUGGCUCCUGAGUUGUUCACUCUGGAUAAAGCAUGGGCAGCUUUAGAGAUUGCUGAGAAGAAACUGCUUGGGCCACUGGGAAUAAAGACUUUGGAUCCAGAUGAUAUGGUUUACUGUGGCAUCUAUGACAUCGACCUAGACAACAACAACUACAACGUCGCCAAAGGCUUCAAUUACCACCAAGGACCUGAGUGGCUUUGGCUGGUCAGUUAUUUCCUAAGAGCCAAACUCUACUUUGCCAAGCAGAUGGGCCAGGAUGUAUACAAUCAGACUGUUAUUCUGGCCAAAAACAUUCUCUCCAGGCAUAAUGUUCACUUGGAAAGAUCUCCCUGGAAAGGUUUACCUGAGCUGACCAAUGAAAAUGGACAACACUGUCCUUUCAGUUGUGAGACACAGGCCUGGUCCAUUGGCACGAUCCUGGAAGUCCUAUAUGAUCUUUGUGAUCCUAAAGACUUGUAGAAUUGCUGUUUUUCAUUUUAACAGCAGGACAGUUUCACAAACGACUCAUGAAACUGUGAAAAGUUUCUCAUGAAAUCACUUACUUCUUUACUUAUCUCAUUUACCUCCCACGCUUAAGGAACUAUUUGUACUGUAUAUAUCUAGACAACAAAUAAAGAAAAUAGCUUGGUGAAAAGUCUCAAUAA